AUGCCCAGAGCUUUUUUGGUGAAGAAGUCCAGUUUGGGAAGCUGGAAGAAAAAGUGGGGCGAAGUACCUGAUGAAGACCGAGGGGAGCUGUACAUUCCAGUGACUUUGGAAUAUGUUCCCCAGAAGGAUGUGGGACCCGAGUACCAUAGUGAGAUGGCCCUGGAUCUAUCUCUUCCCCACUUGCGUUGUGUAACAAAUCCCUCACCCUAUCAAGGGACACAGAGGAGCUUCAGUCAAUCCCCUCCGGCCCAGGACCUGUCUCCAAUAUCAUGGCAGGGUGAACAGAAGAUGCUGUUUCGCUGCACGUUGUGUGACAAGAGCUUUUCAUACCAGAGGAUGCUGAACCGCCAUAUGAAGUGUCACAGCGAGGUGAAGAGACACCAGUGUGAGCAUUGCGGUAAAGGCUUCAAUGAUACCUUUGACCUAAAGAGACAUGUCCGCACCCAUACAGGAGUCCGUCCUUACAAGUGUCACCUAUGUGACAAGGCCUUCACUCAGCGCUGCUCGCUGGAGUCUCAUCUGAAGAAGAUUCAUGGAGUGCAACAGAAUUACGCCUACAAAGAACGCAGGACCAAGCUGUAUGUGUGCGAAGAGUGCGGAUUCACAGCCGACAGCCAGGAGAGCCAUCUCCAUCACCUACAACACCAGCAUCCUGAAAGUGCUUUAAUCCAGCGGGCCUCCAAGAAGCUGGCGGUGGCCCUACAGAGCGGAGUCGGCCCCUUUCUGCACAGCAACCACCUACUCUGAGGUGCUCUGUCCCAGCCAUUCCCUUUAAGACUGUAUUCAUUUCAAAGACCUGCCUAGCCAGUAUCUACUGCCAAGAGACAAAAUACACAGCCUAUAGCAUGUCACAGAGACUUGAAAACAACAGCUCCUGCCUGAUAUGCACUAUAGCCCCGACAUUUAAUAGUGUGUCCGCAGUAUCUACUACUACAGCGUGUCCGCAGU